AUGUUCCGCUCACUUUUAACAUUCACAUUGAUGAAGAAGAGAGAAAUGGCGCAUCAUGAUUCUAAUCGCCAGGGGACUACGAAGCCUGAAACAAGUAAUAGUGACUCUCGUAAAGCUGACAAUAAUGAACUCGAUAACGAUGAUAGACAGCCAUCACGGACCAAUUUGGUGCAUCGACUCAGUGUGGCACUUGACGAUGAGCUUGCAAACAAUUUAGGUCACGAUCAAGAUCAACAGGCUAGACGAGUAGUUGAGCGUAGAAAAACGUUCAGUGUUCAUCAUCUCAAGGAGCUGUUCGAAAAUGAGUUUGGAGCGAGAUUGGUCGAUUAUGGACAAACAACGGCAUCAAUUGUCAGGUAA